AUGACUAAAAAGCUUAGCCCACUUGAAAAAAAGAACAGAAAACCGGCUUCGAAAGCCUGUGUUUUUUGUCACUCAAAGCACUUGCAAUGCUCUAAUGAGAGGCCUUGCAAGAAUUGCAUGAAGCGAAACCUAGGUGAUCAAUGCCAUGACGCUAUUAGAAAACGGGCAAAGUACUUAAAUACCUCUGGUGUGAAGAAGAUGAAAUCAAGGACAAAUUCAAUUCUGUCAAGCUACAGGUCUCCCAGUGUAUCAGAAUCUCCCCAGAAUCCAUAUACCCAUAGCAUUAUUAAACAGGAACCAGACUUAAACAUGAGAGGAGAAUUACAGUCAAUUCAGCAAGAAAAUACAUCACAUAAUCAACCUGGUCCAUCAAAUGUACUGCACUACGUAGAUCAGAGACCCACGAUCCCUACAAAUACCAUGCUAGACACAACAAACGAUGUAUUGAAUAAACUAUUAUAUAGCGAACCAAUACAUUCGGAUUCUAUAUCACUAAGGGAUUCAAUAUCUGAGCAACCUGAAAUGGAUUCGAACAGGAGAAGCAUAGAUACUAUGUUCAAUUCCAAUUACCUUAAUCAAGAAUACCUCAUGCUAGGGGAUAUAAUAUUGCAUUCGAAGCCAUCAUCCCCUUCUCCUUCAAAUACCAGUGCUUCUGAAUACAAUGGCGAUGCGACGAUUUCCCCAGCAAAUACUUUGUUAAAUAAUACUAGGUUGGAUUUCGAUAAUUCAAAUGACCAUAUGUCAAAUUCUAAGAGGAAGCUUAAUAAACUAAAAGAUUCAAGGCCAUUCAUAGCUUUAGGCGUUUCAAAUGAUGUGCCAAUAAGUUUACAACCUGAAGGUACUCUAAGUUUAGAUAAUCUUAGUACUAAAAACGAAAUUAUGAAUAAAGACAACAUAUCAUCAAAUCUGCUCAAAACCGACUACGUGUCUCCCUUAAUAAGUCAUCACAUAUACCAGUCAGUCCAAGACAUAUAUAUGCACAGCAUUCCGAAUUUUGACUAUCCCCAGUCGUAUCACCUGUUAACUAACUUUCUAAAGAGACGGUUUCUGGGAAACUCUCUAGCACAUGACCAAAGACAGGCUAAACGUAACAAUUUAUUAAUCAUAUUAAAGCUAAUUGCUAGUUAUAGGCCAACCUUCAUUUCUGCCCAUAAAAACUUGUUGAAACCCUACGACUUGUUGUUUUUAGAAAUGUCUUUUCAAAGAUCAUUAAUAGACUACGAAAAACUACUACUUUUUAAUUCUUCUCCAUCUAUCAUAUGGCGUAGAACGGGUGAAAUAGUUUCCAUUUCUAACGAUUUACUAAGUAUAUUAGGUUUUAAUUUGUCAGAAAUUUUGUCCAAACGAACUUUUAUCAUGGAAUUAAUGUAUGACGACGAGUCUAUUAUUAAUUACUUCAAGUUGUUUAAAUCGGUGGCUGUUGGUAAUUUACACCUGAGUAUUAUUACGAAAUGUAAGUUAAUGAAAAAUUCAUCGGCUGCAUUUCAUAAUGAAGCGUCAGAUGUUGCAGAUAGAGAGUAUAUUGAAUUUUGCUCUGCAUGGACCGUUAAGAGAGACCCAUUUGAUAUACCUAUGUUAAUUAUAGGUCAGUUCUUACCAAUAUUACCGGGUGGAGAAGGUGUAAGGAAGUAUUGA